AUGCGCGCUUCCCAGGUCCUUCGCCUACUCGCUACAUCCCUCGUGGCUGGUACCCUUGCCCUCCCGCUUGUUGGCCAGAAUUCCGGAGAUGGCACAUCCAGCCUAGCCCAGGUGGACGUCGAUGUGCCAGACACACCAGGCAGUCAGGUCAAGGCCGAAGCCAGCCACUACAAACCAUACAAACCAUACAAACCGUACAAGCCAUACAAGCCAUACAAGCCUUACAAGCCCUACAAACCAUACAAGCCAAAAAAGUACAAGCCCUACAAGCCGUACAAACCGUACAAGCCCUACAAGUCAUACGAUGUCAAUUCGACCCGGGGCCAUGCACAAGAAGCGGAGCAUGUGCUUCAGGUCCGUGACGACAAGGGCUACAAGCCAUCGCCGUAUGAAGAGGAGGCUCCCAAGCCCCAGCCAAAGCCCCAGCCAAAGCCCCAACCGAAGCCGAUUCCUCCUGCUGGACCACCUCCCACCGGCCCACCAAAGACGCCGCCGUACAUCCCUGCCGGGGCACCACCUCCAGCCUACGAAGACCUGUAUGGUUACAAGUUUCCCAAGCACGGCGGUUACGGCGAAUCCGAAUCUCCCAAGUAUGGCGGGUAUGGCGGCAACGAGAAGCAGUGCAAGAUGUUCAACUUCCCCAUGCCCUUUGGCGACGGCGAAGGCCAUUUCCUAGGAACAGGAAUGGUCCUUUCGCCCAACCGGCAUCCGACUAGGCCCGACGCGGACCUCAAAUCGAAGUCGAGCGAGCUUGCAAUGGCCAGCAAUAGAAAUUGGGACGUUUACCAUGGAAUCGGCUCCGGCGCAAGGGUACUGGUUAUCAAUGACAAUGGCAGAUCCGCCCAGCAUCCCACGUCUCUCGAGAUGUUUUACGCCAGUACCGAGAAUGGACUGUGGGGCGUGGACAAGGUUUCGCUUUCGCACUAG